GUAUUAUACCUUACUGUUUUUUUUUUCGGAUUGUCGUUUUCUUAUCGUCUAUAUUUAUAUAGUUUAAAAUUAUAUUCACAGUUUAAUCUAUGAUUUUAUAAAUUAUUAACAAAUGGCCGAUUAUCAGCUACUUAAACGUGGUAAAUUAAAUUUGAAAAAUGAUUCGACUUCCAAAAAGAAACAUAAGCGUAAAAAGAAGAGAAAGAAUGAUGAUUCUGACAAAGAUAAUGUAUUAACUUCAACCGAUACGCUGAGACACGGAGGAUGGUGGAUUAUAGACGAAUUCGAACAGAUUGUUGGCAACGUUGCUUUAGAAUUUCAUGUCAAGAGUAUGUCGUACGCCGAAGCACAAGAUAAUGGUUUAUUUAAACUGGGAUAUCAAACUGAUUCGGGAGAAGAGCCUAAAGAAGAGGGUAUCCUUACAGCAAUGAAAAUUGGCGAAACGAAAAUCGCAUUAAAAUCUGGAUUUGGAAAAUAUUUAGGUUUAGAAAAAACUGGUAUAGUUUCCGCUAGAGCCGACGCAAUCGGAAGAAACGAGCAAUGGGAACCUGUAUUUCAAGAGGGAAAAACCGCUCUAAUUGGACCUAAUGGCUGUUUUUUAGGAGUCGAUGAAGUAGGUACGCUUCAAUGUCUUAGCAGAUCGGCUGGUGAAGAUGAAUAUUUGUCAAUAAGAACAAAUAACACUCGUGUUAAAAAAUCGAAAAAGGACUUACCUAUCGAGGAAAUGUCUGCCUCUCUCAAAGACACAGAAGUGAAUUAUGUGAAAAAGUUUCAAAGUUUUCAAGAUCGUAGGCUAAAGAUUAACAAGGAAGAUACAUCAGCUUUAGAUCAAGCUAGCGAAAAAGGAAAUCUACACGAAGUCCUAUUGGACAGAAGAGAAAAAAUGAAAUCGGAUAAGUUUUGUAAAUAACCAUAAAAAUUUCGUAAUAUGUCUGUUUUUACUAAAAAUAAUACAACAUAUAUUAGCUGUAUAUUUAGGUUUAGUGUAAACUAUUAUAUAACUACUAUUUACAAUAUCGUUAACUAACUUGUCAACAUACUACAUACUAUACAUGACAUCAUUUGGACUUUAUCUUCUCUUUAGUAAUGGAUAUCUAAUAAAGAGUUAUAGAGUAAAAAUAAUAUCAAGAAUUCCAUUUAUAGCAAAACUCUUUUCAUAUUUUUAAUAAGUGGAUCAAAAUAGAGUAUCUAGGCGUUCCUGUUGGACAUAAUACGUACUUAUUAAAGUGCGCGUAACCUUCUUUUCAGCAGAAUAAAAAAGAAUUGUCUUUUGAUGAAUCUUCGUUAGUCAUUACAAAAAGAAUUUUUUGUUAUUAUAGAGAUAAUUCAAAUUAACUAAAUUUGCUAUAAUCUUAAAUAGAGAUCAAACAGGAAUAUGAUCGAUGAAAAUCGACUUUUCUUUUUUUA